CAGCUAAGAGACUGCUGCCGCGUAUCAUAGUGGGGUCGUUUGAAGUAGUUUACUUUUUGAAUUCUGACGACUCCCUGUACAGUGUAAAGCCAUGUCCCCAUCAGUACCCCUGCAGGAGAUGAUCCGGGCCAUCAGGUCAGCCAGGACGCAGUGUGAGGAGCGGGGUGUCAUCCAGAGGGAGUGCGCUGCCAUCCGGGCACAGUUCAGGCAAGCCGACAACGGGGGUCGAUCUCACAACCUGGCCAAGCUGCUCUACGUGCACAUGUUGGGCUACCCUGCUCACUUUGGUCAGAUGGAGUGUGUUCGGAUGAUAGCCAGCCCUCGCUACAGUGAGAAGCGUGUCGGAUACCUGGGAGCCAUGAUGCUGCUGGAUGAGAAGCAGGAUGCCAGCCUGCUCAUCACUAACUCCAUCAAGAAUGAUCUUUCUCACAGUAGCCAGUAUGUGCAGUCUCUGGCUCUGUGCACGUUGGCCUGUAUGGGUUCAGCAGAGAUGUGCCGAGAUCUGGCACCAGAGAUUGAGAGACUGCUCCGAGCCUCCAACUCCUACAUUAAGAAGAAGGCUGCACUGUGUGCCGUACACAUUGUGAGGAAAGUUCAUGAUCUUGGGGAGAUGUUUGCGCCUGCAGCUCGUGCACUCCUGGCUGAGAAGAACCACGGUGUGUUACAUGGUGCUGUAGUGCUCAUUACCGAGCUGUGUGAGCGGAAUCCAGAAACACUGGAGCGGUUCAGAAAGACGGUGCCAGAUCUGGUGCAGAUCAUGAAAGGUCUGGUCAUUUCCGGUUAUUCUCCAGAGCACGACGUGGCAGGAAUCAGUGAUCCCUUCCUGCAGGUGCGCAUCCUGAGGCUGCUGAGGAUCCUCGGCCGUAACAAUGAAACAGCUAGCGACGCCAUGAAUGACCUACUAGCUCAGGUGGCUACCAACACUGACAGCACUAAGACUGUGGGCAACGCUGUGCUGUAUGAAACUGUUCUGACCGUGCUAGACAUCAAGUCAGAGAGCGGCCUCAGGGUUCUGGCCGUGAACAUCCUGGGACGGUUUCUCCUGAACAACGACAGGAACAUUCGGUAUAUUGCCAUGACUUCUCUUCAGAAGAUUGUUGGGACAGACCACACAGCAGUGCAGCGCCACCGAGGAACCAUAGUGGACUGCCUAAAGGACCAGGAUGCUUCUGUCAAGCGCCGUGCGUUGGAGCUCUCCUUGGCUCUGGUGUCAGCCAGCAACAUCCGCUCCAUGAUGAAGGAACUGCUCCUCUUCCUCUCCUCCUGCCCCCCCGAGCUCAGGUCUAAUGCUGCCAGUGGUAUAUUUAACGCCGCUGAGAGGUAUGCACCCUCCCAGCGCUGGCACAUUGAUACCAUCCUGCAUGUCCUCACCACGGCAGGGGGCGAUGUGAGAGACGAAACUGUGCCGAACCUGAUCCAGCUCAUCACCAACGCCUCAGAGCUGCACUGUUACACCGUUCACAAGCUAUACCGGGCUGUGCUCACUGACAUCUCUCAGCAACCCCUGGUCCAGGUGGCAUGCUGGUGUAUAGGAGAGUACGGAGACCUGCUGCUGAGAGGAGAGUGUCAGGACACUGAGCCUGUUCAGGUCACUGAGGACGACGUCCUGGAUGCCCUGGAAACUGUUCUACAGUCCCACAUGUCGUCCCCGGCGACCAGAGGCUUUGCUCUCACUGCCACCAUGAAACUGAGCACACGCAUCACUGAUAAUGUGGAUCGGAUCAGAAGCAUCGUCAGCAUUUACGGCAGCUGUAUAGAUGUGGAGCUCCAGCAGAGGGCAGUCGAAUACAACGCUCUAUUCAAAAAAUAUGACCACAUGAGGGCAGCAGUGCUGGAGAGGAUGCCUGUGAUUGAGAAGAACUCUCCGGGUCAUACCAACGGAGAGUCAACAGGGGACACCAUCAAGGAGAUCCAGCCCGCCAAAGUCAAGCAGGGAGAGCUGCUGCCUCCACAACAGCCAGCUAGCCAGGUCUGUGAUUUGUUGGAUCUGCUGGGGGGCUCUGGGGAGCCUCUGCAGCCCAGUCCUGCACAAGGCAGCAUGGCACCAGGCCUGCCCAUCAACAGCCCUGCUGGAGGAGACCUUCUGGAUCUGCUGGGAGGCUUAGAGCCCACGCCCGUCGCACCAGCUCCUGCGGUGACAGUGUAUGAGAAGAGCGGUGUGACUUUGACACUAAGUUGUGAGAAACAGUCAGACUCAGGCCUGACAGUCACACUCACAGCCUCCAACUCUAGUGACUCAGACAUCAGCAGCUUCACUCUACAGGCUGCAGUGCCCAAGAGUGUCCAGUUACACAUGAAGGCUCCCAGUGGGGACUCUCUUCCUGCACAUGGCGCAGCUAAGGUGACCCAGAUGGUGGUCCUCAACAACCCAAACAAGGUGAACCUGAAGAUGAGGGUACGCAUAUCUUACACAACCCAAGGAUCCGGCUUUCAGGAUACAGUCCAGAUCGACUCCUUCCCUGGACUCAAUACUGCCAGCCACUGACAGCAGCCUGUCAGUCCAACAGGACUAUGACGAGAGUCUGUGAAUGAAUCAGCAGGCGUCAACCUCACUGAUGAAGCGUUUCUGUGCUGUCAGAGCCUCUACACUACAGUCCAAGCUGCUGUGUCUCAAAUACCUGAUUUUAUUUGUGUUUUUUUUUAAGACUGAGGAACACUUUUCUUUCACAGGAAAUGGCAGCCUCAUGUAUGAACUCCCCUUCAUUUGGAACUCUAAUGUAAAUGAGAUGGAUGUGGCACAGGCUUUGGAAUAUGCAGGUAUGACACGAAAAUACUCAAUUGGUAUUUUUCUUGGAAUUUGCAGUGACUACUGUCCACACACAUGUACCUAAGUACCACCUUGUCUUUUUUUUUUCUUUAACUACAGCUGGUUAUAUUCUUAUUCCACACUUCAAAAUAUGUACUUUUUUUUUUUUUUUUUGUGGUUCCUGUCUCACAGCACUCCACGUCCCCUCCCUUCAAAGUGAUUUCCUUUAUGAAAUACUUUUCUUGAUCCUUGUUUAAAAGCAGCUGACCACUAACAAAUGAACCACUGCUACGAAACACUCUUAUCCAGGUUUUAAACACAACCACAUGACUUGCAUCCAUUUGGUCUUCAGUUUGCUCUUAUCCUUUUCUCAGAGUACAACAUAUGAACAUUGUCUCAUCUCCUUAUUUCCCCUGUGCCUUUCAUACCUUUGAGAGCAGAGGUUUUCUCAUGUACUAAAAAUGUGUAAUUAUAUAGUUUUGGAUGCCAAGAAACGGUUUUAAAUAUAAGUUAGAGUUGUAUACAUGUUUUAAUCAUUCCCAUACAAGCAACCCUUGUUGCUUAUUCUGAAGAGUACUCCUCGUCUAUUGUUUACAGAAUACCUUUGCUGAGUUAUUGUAUUUUAUGAAGGCUGUGUACAGUGACACAAAAAUGGGCAUGGUUACUCUCUGGAAGAUGUAUAUUUUAGAUAUUAAGUAUAUACAGUAAGCACAAUUGGAAGAAUUUUAAGUCUUUGACCAAUUUUACACAUGCAAGCAGACAUACCUCUAGAAGCCGGUUAGUAAUUUGAUCAAUCAUCUCAUUAUCUUUUAAAACAAAACACUGGAUGCUGGAUGUCAGCAAUGGUGCUUCAGUGGAAUCUGUACCAGACUGUUUCAGAUUACCUUAACUUAAAAAAAUGUUAUGGACAGACCAGGAGGAGUUAUUCUAUC